AAUCCCUGCACUAAAGAAGGGCGGCUUUACCAGCUAAAACCAACAAACAAAACAAACUGAAGACAACCCGGCCGGUUAUGAGACACACAGGACUGACAGGCGCGGACAGUUCGCUAGCGCACACACUCACUCGGCAGCAGCGGAGCACACAGAGCCGCUUAGCUUCAGUUACAACACCAACACAGCCACGUCAACCCAGUGCGGACAAAUCGCAAACCGGACAAGCGGAGCAGCGGAUUCGUCUGAACCAGGCCACAAGGAGGAACAGCAGAUACACAUCGAAAAAAGAACAUCUGUGUGUCCUUAAUUCUGAAGGCUUGAAACCUGAAACUAGUGAUGGCUAGAAAUCUUCUUAAGAACCCUUUUGGGGAAGAGGAGGUGGAAUUCUGGGAGAUGACUGAGAAUGGUGGCAACCAGUGGAAGGUGGAGGACCUGCCAGGGGACUGUGGCCAUGCCCACUGUGAUGACAGUGUUAAAAAAUACUUUGUCACCUCAUAUGAGUUGUGUCUAAAGAGACAAGUAGUGGACUUGCUGGAGGAAGGUUAUUCAGCAGAGGACCUGGAUUCUCAGCCACCUGUCACUGUGGAAGACUGGUACUCAGGUCGCACAGAUUGCGGCUGCACCUACCAGCUGACAGUGUCUCUGCUGGAUGAGAAUGAAGAAGUGCUACAGGAAUUUAAGCCUGAGGAAGUGACGCUUGAUCCGGAUAUUGACUCCUCUUGGCGUAAGGUGAGUCAUACAUUCGAGGACUAUGGGCCAGGUCUGCGCUUCAUUUCUUUUGAACACGGUGGCCAGGACACCAAGUACUGGAAUGGCUGGUUUGGCGUGAGAGUCACUGGGAGCUCUGUCACAAUACAGCUUUAAGAGAGAAGUUUACAAAGUGUGAAAAAGGAAAGCGUAACUAUAUAAAUGCACUGUAUGAAAAAUGAAGAAAGAGGCAGCAUUUAGCAGCACUAUUAACAAAUGAUCUGCAUCCGUUUAACAACUUGUCAUAUUGUAUGUGCACGUCACCUUAACGUUGUAAAGGUGUUUAUGGAGCCAUUCCAGCCCAGUGGUACACUAAUAUACCUCCCUUCACCGGAUACAGCUUUGUCUCCUACGCUAGAUUAUAUGAAUAUAAAUACUGUACACUUACCUCUGAAAGGACAUUUAGCUGCUUAAGUGCUUAUAAAAACUUAAGUGAUAUUAGGCCUUUUGUGGAAUUAUUUGGAAAGUUCAUUCAUUCAACAAGUGUUGACAAGCUAAGAGUUGUGAACUACUUGGUGAUUUAAAAAGCUAUUAUGCAAAUUUUACACUGAAAAACUGUGACAGUAAUAUUUUGUCAUUCUCUUCCAUCCACUAUAAGGAGCAAGUUUUCAUUACAUUUAUUCACUUAGCUGACACUUUUCUCCCAAGCACCUUCUCACAAUAGUAGAAUACCUGUGAUUAUUUACCCAUCUGGGUAAUGUAAUUGGAGUAAUUUUUUAAGGGUAAGUACCUUGAUCAAGGGUACUACCAUCAGAGGUGGGGAUGGAACCUGCAAC